AUGUCUGACACGAGCCACAGACUGAAGGAACUUGUAGACAUGGCGUUUGAAAUCGCUCGUAGGAUGCGAGCGUGUGCUUCUCGAUUCUUUCCAAGGCGUUGCCCAAUCCGUUGUUCUGCAGUGCAGAUUUCACGGGCAAGGUCGGGGUCCGCUUCCAUCACGAAUAUGGCAAAUCGGCGUUAG